AUGGGAGACAAUCAACGGCCUGUGGGCCUUCUUUUCGACAUCGGCGGAGUCUGUGUUGUAUCUCCAUUCCAGGCCAUUUUGGACUAUGAAACAUCACGACAUAUUCCUCCAGGCUGGGUGAACUUCAGCAUAUCUCGUACCAAGCCUGAUGGAAGCUGGCACAAACUGGAACGGGGAGAUAUAUCCAUGGAUGCCGAAUUCUUUGCUGGUUUCAAUCGAGACCUAUGCAAUCAAACACUGUGGAGAGAGUUCCACGAACAACUACAAAGGAGGAAAGGGAUAACCGGACCAGUCGUAGUCCCACCGCUCCCCACCGUGGAUGCGGAGUGGCUCUUUUGGGAGAUGAUGAGGAUAUCCCGUACUCCAGACCCAUACAUGUUUCCAGCUUUACAGAAACUCCGAGAAUCUGGCAAGUAUCUAAUGGGUGCUCUGUCGAACACUGUUAAGUUCCCAGAAGGACACCCAUACAACAAGGAUGCAUCCGGGGUGAAGUCCCAGUUCGACUUUUUUAUUUCAUCUGCGCAUACAGGACUACGCAAGCCUGACCCGCGAAUUUACGAAGCCGCGAUACAAGAGAUGAACACGCUGGCAAAAAAGCGUGGAUUACCAGCAGUCCGGCCAGAGGAUAUUGUCUUCUUUGAUGACAUUGGCGAAAACUGCAAGGCGGCGAAAACGUCUGGCAUGCGCACUGUCAAGGUCACAUUGGGUAAGAUCGAGGACGCAGUGAAAGAAUUGGAGAAGAUUACAGGGCUUCAAUUGUUAGAGAGCGAUAAGGCUCGACUAUGA